CUGUUAUGUGUUUGUUUUCAAACGGUUUUCCAGAAUUCUUUUUUUUUUUUUUCUUCUUUCUUUCUCUUCACUUCACUGUGGCCCGCUCUUUUCCCUCCAUUUCUUUCUUCUUUCUUCUAUAAACCCACUCUUCUUACUUCCUCCGUUCCUCAUAUUCGCUCCUCUCCCUUUGUCUCCCUCUCCAAACAAAACAAGCUGAAGUCACUCUCUCUCUGUGUGGCUGCUCUAAAGAGGAAACCGGAGGUACCGUAUUUCAAAGCUUUUUCGAGCUUCAUUCACAAAUGCAAAACGACAAAGGCUCAGCUGUAUAUGGCGACCUCGCAGCCAAACAAUCGCACGAUCUCCAGAGCGAUGACAUUUACUCUUCCUCCACCACCUCCUCCUCUGCUGCCGCCGCCUCUCUUUUCGGGCUCUACCAUCCCCGCCUCCUCAUGCAACAGCACCAAGAUAUGAUCAACCGCCACAACCUCUGCCUCACGCGCCUCCGCGAUGCUGGAAAAGAAGCGGAAGCACUCCGCCAUGAGAAUACCGCUCUGCGAUCUGUCAACCGCGACCUCAACAAGCAACUCAGUGCUCUGAUUCAAGCCUCUGUGCAGAACCACUUCGCAUCGUCGGAUUACAACACGACGCCGUUCGAGUUGGUGAAUGCGUUGCGAGGGCUUUGUCUCGGCGACGGCGGCGUAGGAGAGGAAGAGGUUUGUGAUGAGAGUCCGACGAGCGUGAUGGAAGGUGCGGUGGAUGUGGAGAGGGUUAUGUUGCCGAAGAGCAUAUCAGUUAGGUCGAACGGAUAUCUGAAGAUGAUGAGUCAAGCUGGAGCGAGUCAUCGUGGUAAAACUCGAGGGCCAACUAGGCCUGGAAAUGCCACUCAACUCAGUGGAGCGGUGAAUGUGCAGCAGAAGGUGUACGUGCAAGGAGGGAAGAAAGAGGAAGAGCCGCUUGAACUGGAGGUGUACAACCAAGGCAUGUUCAAGACUGAACUCUGCAACAAAUGGCAAGAGACUGGUGCCUGUCCAUAUGGUGACCACUGUCAAUUUGCUCACGGCAUUGAAGAGCUCCGCCCGGUAAUCCGCCACCCUCGCUACAAGACUGAGGUCUGCAGGAUGGUCCUUGCAGGCGAUGUCUGUCCCUAUGGCCAUCGAUGCCAUUUUCGCCACGCACUUACUGAACAGGAGAAGUUCAUGGGCCAGGUCAAGCCUAGGACCAGGUAAAACUCGGGUGGUCAAUAUCAUCAUAUUCGUUGAUUGACGUAGAGAUGUUCAUAAUCCUGAAUCCCAAAUUCGUUAAAAAUAAUAUUCUUAAUGUAGGAAGUUUAUAGGUAUGGUGGACGCAAAGUUGGAAUAAUUAGAACCAAAAAAAAAAAAAAGGGUUAGGAAAGAUGAACAUUUGUUAGAGGCUUUAUGGUCCCGGAAGGUGGGAGAUUUGUUGAGGAUAUUAGAGAGAUUCACUAUUUUUCUUCUUUUUAUUUUUUUUAAGUAAGCCAUUAAAGCAUGAUACUUACUUUGGGAUGUUUGGUGCGCUUUAAAGCAAGCAAGCAAGCAAAAGCAAAAAAGGUUCAUUGUAAUGAUCUUGGAUUCUGGUUAAGUAAGCAUCUGAUUGGUGUCAAUAUUGAUGUAA